CUCCAAUUCGGAAGAAAGCGAAGCGAACAACGCCGCCUCCUCCUCGUCCUCCUCAACGGCGACGGCGGCGGCGGCGAUGGUCCCGCAGAGCCAGAGCAGCUCGCUGCAGCGCCUCAACCACGUCGAGCAGAGGAUUUUCCGGGUGGUGCAUCUCGCGGGGGCGGUCAUGGAGGAGCUCGGGAACUCGCAGGGCCCCCGCGCCGACACCGUCGCUGCCCACUGCCGCGAGUUCAUGCUCGCCAUCAAGGAAAUUCAAACGACAUUGCGUGAAGAAAUCAAAAGUGCUUGUGAAUAUCGCCCAUUUGAGAAGUGCGACUACAGUGCAAGGAUCGCUAAUGAGAUCUGUUGCAAAAAGGUGGAAUAUGUGCUUGAGAAGCUGGAUGCUAUGCAAAAGAACGUUGAGCAGUGUACUAGUUAAUUUGUAACAAGCUCUCUACCUACCUACUGGGUCAACAGUGGGCAGUGCACAGGUGUGACUGAGCGGUUUAGCAAGGAACAUUUGAGUGUCAGUUGAGCUUUAGUUAGCGUGCAAAUGCGUAAGGCAUCAUUCAGCUAUAAAAUGUAAUUUAUAUUCGAUUAACGGUGCCUUGAUUUAGGUGGUUGUGCAGUGAUCAACUGCAUGUAACCGCUUCAGUUAUGUAGAAACUAUAAAGCCAGCGGCUUGCUAAUGUGCGCACUCUUGUCAGUUCUUGCGUUGCUCUGUCUGUAUAGCGAACAAGGCUACGCUAUUUAUGUGUUUAGUAUUUGCUAAACUUUGGGUAAUUCAUGAUAACAUUAUAAUUCAUAUUUGUAGAUUUGU